AUGCACACACUUGCAGGGCUGUUAGUUGUUCAUCAAUCUGAAAAAGCGCCCAGGAUAAUACAAAAAAGCCUUUUGAAAAGAAAAAUCACGGAUUUUAAAUAUUUUUUAUGGACGAAAACAUUCAUUAAAUUAUUUGAGGGGACCGACAAUUUUUUUUUAAUAACAGCGGCUUGUGACUUUUCAACCUUAUUUUUGUCCAAGACUUAA